UUCACUAAUUCUAAUAAUAAAUUCAAAAUAAAAUGGCUGCCUUUCAAAAUGGCCUUCUAUGAAAACCCCUACAUUAAUGAAAAAGACUAAAGGAGGUUAAAAAUGAAGCGUCGUUUCACUGCUGUUAUCCCAUCUCGUUCCAUUGAAGAAAGAAGAACUAAAGCAUUUAAGACCAACCCGACUGAUACAUCAGAGGUGAUCCCAUCAGACACAGAGGCUGCUAUUUCUUACGUUAAAAGAUUGUUUCCUGCUAGUUUAGGCCCUCCUAUUGUCCUCCAACAUCAACUCUACAGUCUCUUGGAAGACAAGACAUCAGUUGAUAAAGAAAUAAUAUCACUAAAAGAUGAUUGCAAGUUACGUAUUAUAAAACUGGAGACCUCGUCUGAUGACUAUGCACUAAUAUCACAUGAGGACUACGUAUCAACAGUUACUAGUUCAUUAAGGAGUAGAAAAGGGGAACACCUGGUGGACAAAGCAUUAGAGAUUCUAAUUGACUGUGUUGAUGUAACAGUUAGUAAAGAGAAACUCACUAAAGACUUUAAGCUAACCGAUAAAGACAUUAGUUUACUAGUAAUCAGCGGGGUAUUGGUAUUAAAGGAGAUUGAUGGGGAGAGUAGAGUAUGGUGGUUCUCUCUUCCUGGGAUAAGUAGCUUUAAGAAAGAUUUUAUCAAAGGAAGAUCAGCAAUUCUCCAGAUAAUGAAGAGAUUAAAAUAUAAAGAGAUAUUGCAAAAUGAUUUAGAGAAGAAGAAACUCUCAGGGACAGUCCUACCAAUGGAAUAUUUUGUGUUAGACAUUAUUGGAUCAGAAACUGUUGAAAGCAUUGACACUUCGUCUGGGCCAUUGCUGCGUUUGCUCGAGUAAAGAUAAUCAUUCUCUCUCUCUCCCUGACAAACAACAGCUGGAGCUCAAUAACUUUAAAUUAUUUAUUACUCCAUUAAUGAGAAUCAUUGACUAAUGAUACAAAGAACGAAUUAUUCAUUAUAGACAAACAUACAAUGGAUAGAGUGACCUCUGCUGACAACACGGACUAGUUGUUCUUAUGUGUAUGUGAUAAAAAUUAUAUAAUGUUGAUAAUAACAAUAACAAUUAUCUCUAUUUGAAAAAUUAAUCUUAAAA